AUGCCCGCGCCCGCCUGCCGGUCCGCAGCCAGCCCGCCUAGCGCCCCAAGCCUCGGCGCGGGACAGCGCGGGGGCCCGCCAGCCCGCACGGCCCCGCGCCCCUUCCUCCCGCAGCCCCGGGGGUCCCUCCGCGCUGGCCCGGAUCGCGUCCCCGCCGCAGAGUCCGCGCUCGGGACUUUACCUCUGGCGAGGGCAAAAGAGAAAGAAAAGUUUGCCCGGCCCCGGCCGGGAGCCCGCGCGCCGGACCGCGAAGAGCCUCUCGCUCGCGGCCAGCAGCGAGCGGGCUGCGGGGACCCGCCGGGCGGGUGUGUGCGGGGUGGGGGUGGCGGCUCCGGCCGGCCCCCGGGGGCUCGCCAGGAACCGCGGGCGGAGCGCGCCAAGUGCGCCGGACGCGGGGCGGAGGCUCGGCCGUGCGCCGCGCGCCGGUGCCGGUCCCCGAGGCGGCGCCGGGCCCCGCCGCCCCCGGACGGCCCCAGCCCGCACCCACCCGCGCCGUCCCCGCCCCGGCGCUGCGCCGCUCCGGCUGCCCUCCGAGGCCUUCCCCAAACUUGGGCGCCGCCCUCCGACCGCAGCCCCGGCCGGAGCUCCCCGAGCGCGGGGCCGCCCCAUGUCCCCCACCCCGCGCCCCCGGGCCCCGACUCCCGCGGGCCGGACGGCACUUACCUCCCGAGGCGCCGCGCGGGAGAGCGAGGCGAGCUCUCGGCGGCUCCCGCUGGAGUGCGAGGGGCGCGGAGGAGCGCGCGCCUUUAA